AGGCAUUUCACGUCAGUUCGACAAGAAUGAGAAUUUUCAACCUUACCUUUUUGUUACUUACCAUCUUGGUGAUUCUCUCUGCUGUGGACGUUGGUGAAUGCGGAGUUAUCGAUAAAGUAAGAGCAGUAUUCGAAAACCUUCCGACCUUCGCUGAAAGUUUGAAAAGAAUUGCACAAGCAGUUAGAAACGUCAGAGAAGCAAAUGGUGCAUUACCUGUACCUCAAGAUGGAAAGUGAUGUUUUGUGCUCGAUUGUCGAUAAAUCUUGGCAUGGUG